AUGGAGGACCUGCGAUCCUGGGCUACCGCCGUCCUCCUGGGCUUCUUCUCCCUCUUCAUCAUGAAGCUCUUUGCAUACCACCAAAUCAAGCCUAUCCUCCCCCCCAGCCCCAUGGCCUUUCCGCUCCUCGGGCACCUUCACUUAAUCGGCUCCAACGUCCACCAGUCCCUUCACAAGCUCUCCACAGGCCUCGGUCCUCUGUUCCAUAUCCGGCUGGGCUCCGUCCCGUUGCUCGUGGCCUCGGACGCAGCCACAGCCAGAGAGCUUCUCAGGGACCACGAACACAGCUUUCCCGACAGGCCAAGCUCCGAAGCUAUCACUCACCUGACCUACGGGGGCGAUAGCUUCCUCUUCGCUCCGUACAGCGAUUACUGGUGGUUCAUGAAGAAGCUGUGCUUGUCCGAGUUGCUGGGUGGUCGGAGGUUGGUGCAGCUACAGUGGGUCAGGCAAGACGAGAUAGGAAGGUUCCUGGAGAUGCUGCGCCAGAAGGCGGAGAGGCGAGAGGAGGUGGACGUCGGGGCGGAGCUCACAAGACUCACUAACAACGUCAUCUGCGGGAUGACUAUGGGUAGGAGGUGCUCCGGUACGGACGGCGAGGCCGAGCAAGUCAGGAGGAUUGUGAAGGAGACGAUGGAGGUCAUGGGCACGCCCAACGUAUCGGACUUCGUGGGAAUCUGUAAGAAGCUCGAUCUGCAACACCUCAAAGCAAGGUACGAAAACGUGCAUCGCAGAUUCGACAGUCUGAUGGAGCGAAUCCUCGAGGAGGAGGUCCUAAGGACAAAGGAGUCUGGCAAGAUAGGGGCCGACGGCGCUGUCCGGUAUCUCCUUCGCGUACUACUGGACAUAGCGGAAGACGAGGGUGCGAAGAUGAGGCUCACGAGAGAUAACAUCAAGGGCUUCAUUCACGUAACUACGACAACUCCAUCCUCACCAUCUUCUUCCAUUUUCCAUCGACAUUUUACGGUCCUCCGCGCAACUGGGUUUCACGUUGCGCUUUCUUUGGCUUUUACUCCCGCUCUAAACAGGAUCUGUUCAUGGCCGGCACGGACACGACGUCUGUAACAAUGGAAUGGGCCUUGGCGGAGCUGAUAAACAACCCGGCCGUCCUGCAGAAUGCAAGGCGAGAGAUCGACUCGGUGGUCGGGGUAUCCAGGUUGGUGGAAGAGUCGGACAUUCCAAACCUGCCCUUUCUCCAGGCGAUCGUCAAAGAGACCCUCAGGCUCCACCCAGCGAUUCCCAUCCUCCCGCGCCAAUCAAAUGCUCCAUUAAAGUUCAGGGGCUACGACAUCCCGGCAGGAACGUGGAUCGCGAUCCAUGUUUGGGAGAUCGGCAGAGACCCGAUCCACUGGGAGAAUCCGCUGGAAUUCCGCCCGGAGAGGUUCUCGGCCAAAGGGCGGAGCUUCGGUGUUGACGUCAGGGGGCAGCACUACCAUUUCUUGCCCUUUGGCAGUGGCAAGAGGAGGUGCCCCGGUAUAUCCCUGGCACUGCAGCUGAUUCACACAACCCUGGCGAACGUGAUACACUGCUUCGACCUAAGUGUCGAGGGCGGGGUGGUGGACAUGACGGAGGGACACGGGGUGUCCUUGCCUAAGGCUCACCCGCUGGUUUGUACACCGAAGGUCCGGCUAACUCCCCUCCUUUCAAGAUCGGCCAUCAGCACCAGCAACCCGGACGAGGCGUCCUGUUAA